UGCGCUUUGCGUCGACUGUCUUCACUGCUCCCAAUCGGCCUUCCCUUUUGUCAAUCUUCCCUCAGCAACAGCCACACCCUGAUGCUUCAGCACCACUUGGCACCUGCUGAGCACUUGAUCCACGAGCGCAUUUCGCUCUUGGUGCAUGCUCACGUGCGCCCUUUGUGCAUAUUCGCACAUUUAAAAACGCCACAUUCAAUCACCAGUUUUGCCCCCCCCCCCCCCCCCCGGUGGUGCGCGACUGUCGCUGGGGGCCUUUAGUGCGAUCGCCUUGCACCAAUACUGCUGCACUUACGGUAACUGCUUUUGCGGUGGGAGGGGUCACGGAGCCCAACAACGGCGCUCAUUGUCAGCUGCAGCUCUCCCCCCUGCCCGAUUCUCGUAACUACGCGCCCCUUGUGCCGCACUGCUGCCGAAACCCGUAGAGCACAUCCAAGCAGACGCUUCAGCAACGUCAGUGUCGGCAGCUCUUUGAGUCUGGUGAACCAUCCCCUCCCCGGUGACCCAGCAGGCAGGCAGGCAUGGCAGACAGUCGGCAGCCAGAGGACCGCUGGGCCUCCAACGGCCAAGAAAACGGCGAGAAUGGCUACUCAGCCUACAGCUACGAGGAGAACGGAUUCCACGGUGGGGCAGCUGCGCAACCCAAUACAGCAGUGGAUGAUUCAGCCAAUUUGCCUCCCUCCCCUCCUCCCUCUCCAUCCGCUGAGCAGAUGGGGCCAGCGGCGCAAGAUAAAGUAGAACCUGCCAGUGUCCUGCAACAGCAGGAUGAGGCUGAGGAUGAGGAGGAGGAAGUUGCCGUUUGCCAGGAGGAUUUGACAUGUGAGCAAGGGGGCAUCCUACUCUUAGAGCAGAAACAUUUGGUAGCAGAAGCGCAGGUUUUGAGCCGCGAGCAAGCUCAAACACCUGAGGCGCUCAAUGGAGGAAGUCAUCACAGGGAUCAUAGCCCUUCAAAAGCCCAACUCGAAGAAAAGAGCAGCUUGGAGUCCUGCGGCCAUGCAGAAAAGGACGCAGCAAAGGAAAACAAAGAGAAAACAGUCUUAGUGAUCAAGUCAAUUCCAGAAUAUGGCGCCGAGGCAACGGCUGAUACGUUUGUAGGCUUGGCCUCGAAAAUCUACUUUGAAUUUCUCACAUCAGAAAUGGGACAAAGUGAAAAUGAAGUGAAUGGACAGAAUUGUUCAGUCACAGGAAGCUUUGACAAACGUGUGGAUAGAAGCUACUUGGUGAUGCCUUCAUCUGAUGUCAUCACAAUAUUACCUGAUGAGCAACCAAGAACCGACUGUGAAACAUUGAACCUGGCAAGCACCCUUCCUUAUCGCACACUGCAGAAGACGGAGACUGUUGACACUAGACCAAAGUCCAGACCCCAAAAUGUGGCUUCUCUGGUGGGGAAAUCUUUAGCCAAGCUCACACUUGGAGAGCAGACUUUAAUAUCGGUGAGUGAAGAAAAACACCUGGAGGACCCGGGCAGCUGUGUCUUUAAAGAAUACUCUGGACCAAUGCCUUCUCCGGCUGACAAGCCAAGUCCUGAGGACAUUUCUUCCAAUUGUCUCCCUUUGAUGGAUUUUCAAGUAGACUACCUUGGAGCUGCCGAAGUUGAAGAUGAUCAAAAAUUACAAGAUAAUAACAUGUCUAAUCUUGGUAUAUCGCAAAAAUCACCUUUACGGUCAAAGAUACUGGAAAAGGCUGUGACGAGCGCAACAAAACCGGAUCGCCUCAGAAUCCCUAUGACAAGUCCAAAAGACAGACCAACCGAGUUUCAUUUGGGGAGCAAUCUACCUGGUGACAUAAAAAUACACACAAUUCCUGAAGUAGACAUUGAAAAAGACCCUUCAAGAGAAGCUUCUCCUGUCCCACCAGGCAGUUCCUUCACAUUUACAUCGACAGAAACUGAAAGUGAGGUCCCCCUGACUCUGACCUCACCCAAAAGCCUCGAUGAUGCGUCCCGAGAAGCACAACUUUCUGAAGAGAAGGCAAGGGAUAUCUCAGCUGAGACCGUUGCAAAAAGCAAGCGUGGUGGGAUGAACAGGGGGCAGAUAGCGAAACCUGAACAUGCAAAAGACUGCAAGAAGUUGCUCAGUGAUCCCAGGACACCUGCAAGGUCAGAAACAAGAGAAAAGGAAGAUAUCCCCAAGGCCCUAAAGCCCUCUAAUGGAAUAAGUACACUCUACUUACAGAAAGUCUCACCAAAGCCACAAUUUCUCUCUCCAGUCAUAAUUAUACCUCAGGCACAAGUGCAAGAAGAGGAUGACGUAGAGGUUGUAGAAGAAAUCAUAUAUGCUGAUGGGCCUGUGCUCCCCAAAGUGGAUCAGGAUGAGCCAGAACUGCUGAAAGUGGGCCCGGUGGUCCAGGGAAAUAGCAGUGUUGGGCAACCAAAGAGAGAUUUUCACAGUCCCUUUGCAUUCUCUGACGAUGACCAACUGCUGCAGUUGGUCAUCGAGAAGAUGGUUAGUUCAGAUGAUCCAACUGAACUCAAAGAGGAGAAGGGAACUGGUGUGCGGGAUGACAUGUCCUCUAUGGAGAUAGGUCAGAAGGUCGAAGACACCACUCAAGCUCUUAAUGAUGGAGCUCCAGUGGACAUCUCCAUCUGUGACACAGACAAUAGCUGGAUUGAUUCAAAAGAUGAUGACAAAACUAUCAUGACAAAGCAAAUCAGAGCCACCCUCACCAUACUCGGGGUGGACACAACCUCAAAACAGGUCCCUGGCAGAGGAAGUAAAGUGUCACGCAAAGGUCCCAGCUUUCGUCUAAAAGAGGAUAUGAAGAAGAAAAAAGUAGGCGUCGUGCGGAGGGCGGACCAGAAUAAGGUCUCAGCCUUCCAGAGUCGAAAAAGUGUAGCCAAAGCUGUGGCCAGACAUCCUCGGCCAAUUCUGCUUCAGAGUUCUGCUAGACGCAAAGCCGCAGGUGAACACUUCUGUCAGCCUUUAAGUGUCCACCAGUCCAGGGAGAGACCCACUCCUUUGUCCUUACAUUUCUCUCAACAGCGAAAAUGUAGCCCCACACGGCCAGUUCUGUCAAAAAUGUCAGUGCAGAGCCAGGGUUCUGAUGAGCAACCCUCACGCUCUGGCUCUGCAUGUAGCCUGAAAAGGAGCCCCCAGGUGGAGGCGGUGCUCAGUGAGGCUCGGCCAGCCUCAGCAUGCUCCCGCCCUCCCCCUCAGAAAAACACACAGGAGAGAGCAUACCGCAGUCCAGAGAAGAGGUCAUCACUCCCCAGGCCGUCCAAGUCACUGACCCGCCACCUUCCUGCAGCUGAACAAGAGGACAACAGCACUCCCAGCAGGCCAACUUGUGCAGAUUCUGCACGUUCCUGGUCAGCCCGCAGCGGCACAUCUACCCCUGGAUCCUCUGCGGUUACGCCCGGCACGCCGCCCAGUUACUCCCGCACGCCUGGCUCGCGCACACCCGGCAGCCACACGCCCAAGUCCUUCAGCGUUCUCCAAGAGAAGAAGGUUGCGAUAAUCCGCACCCCGCCCAAGUCGCCAUCUUCAGCCCAGCGGCAAUUGAAGGUUCUCAACCAGCCGCUUCCUGACCUCAAGAAUGUCAAGUCCAAGAUUGGAUCCACCACCAAUCUUAAACACCAACCCAAGGGUGGACAGGUGCAAAUUUUAAACGAGAAGCUGGAUUUCAGUCAUGUUCAGUCAAAGUGCGGCUCCAAGGAUAAUCUGAAGCACACGCCCAAAGGAGGCAAUGUCAUGAUUCCAAGUGUUAAAUUGGACUAUAGCCACGUCCAGGCUAAAUGUGGCUCCCUGAACAAAAUCCAGCAUGCACCAGGCGGAGGAAACGUCCAAAUCCAAACCAACAAAAUUGACUUGAGCCACAUUACUUCCAAAUGUGGCUCCAUGUCCAACAUCCGCCACAGGCCAGGCGGAGGCAAUGUUCGGAUUGAGAAUGUGAAGCUGGACUUUAAAGACAAAGCUCAAUCCAAGGUCGGCUCGCUGGGCAAUGCCAGCCACAUGCCAGGAGGAGGAAAUGUGAUGAUCGAGAGCCACAAGCUGAGCUUCCGUGAGUCCGCCAAAGCUCGGGUGGACCACGGUGCAGAAAUUGUUGUCACCCACUCCCCCGGGCUGGAGAUGGGAGGCACCUCACCUCACUUGUCCUCGGCCGGCAGCAUCAAUCUACUGGAGUCGCCACAGCUCUCCACACUGGCCCAAGAUGUCACCGCAGCACUGGCCAAGCAGGGCUUAUGAGCUGCUUGCUUUGGGUCAUUCCUCCUCCCUAACAGUUUCAUUCAGUCAAAAGCAAUCCAGUGUUUUCCCACGGCCCUCUCCAGACCCUCCACCUCGCCGGUUAUACUUUCCAAAACGAUUUAAAAAGAGAAUCCUCCAAUUAUUGUUCGCUUCACAAAUUACUGUUCUUCUUUCAUUGGACUUGUGUGUACUUGUACUGAAGAAGGGCGUGUGCUCUAUGAUUGUACAGUGAUUUUUUUUUAAAGCAUUGCCGCAUUGCUCUUGCAUGGGGACAACUCUUAAAGUCAACUGAAUUUGCAGUAACUUAGAAAACUGUUGAAACUGUGACAAAAGAACUACUAGCUUUGAAUAUGAGAAUCGGUUGAGCAUGUCUGUUAAAAGGAAUGUGGCAUUGAAAGAAAAAAAAGAUGGUUUGUGGUGAUUUUAUGGUACAUAAUGACCUGUUGGAAAAUGUGUGUCUAUGUGUUUUUAUAUUUCACUGUAGUUUUGUACGGUGGCUACAGCUGCAGUUCUCAAAUAGUUAUUUUAUUUCCUGCAAUUGAAUUAUUAUUUCUCUGCUUUUAAAUGAGCAUCGUUGUUGAGUAUUCAAAAGGUCUUUUUGGAACAGUGAUUUCAAAGGCCCCUUAUCACUUGAGGGCCUUUAUUCCGCUACAGAGACAAAGGGAAAAUGAAAGCCUGCGCUUGCGUAUACAAACAUUCCAUUUGAGUGUGUAUGUGAUAGAACCUGUGCAUUGUAGAGAAAUGAAGAGUGCACGGAAGGCUCAACGUGCAGCUGUAAUAAGUUCCAAACUGUUUUAGUGUGUUCUUCACUCACUGUUGUGAAUGUCCCACCCUGACGUUACCUCCCUUCCAGUGUUUAUCGGCACCUGUGUACGUGUAUUUAAAAUAUCAUGUUUCCAAUGUUUUCAUGGGUAAACACUUCCAUGGAAAACAGUGGCAAACGAAAUAAAGAAGACUGAAAGUAA